UUUAAAAUCUCAAUUAAAUAUAUUUUCAAAAAGUAUAAGGUAGGUACACCCGCAGCCUAAUAAUCUUGCUCACACCGCUUACCCCUCACCGGCUACCUUCAAACAAACAAUCACGGCGAGGUCCGUUCGCGUGGCCGAUCAUACGCCGACGCGCAAUUUAUGUUUCCUUGUCGGCUGCGAUCUUAAUUCCUCAAGCAAGAUUUUGGGUAAUUACUGAUAAUCAGUAACCACCAAUGGAAAUUGAAGAGAAAACCGACAAUGAUGGAGAUAUUGGGGAUAAGUGCAAAAAUUCAAAUGAAGGUGAAGGGGUUGUGACACCUGUUGAUUCUAGUGAUGAGCAUGACGGAAGUAAUGUUGAGAAAGAGCAUAGAAAUAUUAUCUUGUCCAAUGAAGAUCAAGGUGAUGUAGUAGAUUUGUUUGGUUCUCUUGUUGGAUUGAAGAGGUGGAAAAUCGAAGAUAUAUACGAUUUGUACUGCGACCACGCACGUGAAGUUGGGUUUACUGUUAGAAAAACAACGACGCGGUGCAAUCAUGUUGGCGUUGUGAUUGAAAAAUAUUAUGUCUGUUCUUGUCAAGGAUCUAAGCGGUCCACCGCCUCAAGCACCGGUGAUCAAGUCCAGAGAAAAGAGAAAAAGAGAUGCAUAACACGCACAGGUUGUCAAGCAUAUUUGAGAGUCAAAAUGAACAGCAAAGGUGUUUAUGAAGUUAUUGGACACAACACACAACAUAAUCACACACUUCAUAGGAAGGUGUGGAGGCAUAUGCAUCAUCCUGAGAGGUUGAUUUCCAGUAAGAAUGUGAUUUAUGAUGACGUAAAGGAAGAGCAUUGUUCUGGUGAAGAUCACUUGAAUAUUGUUUUUCCAGGAAUAAGACAUAGGCUAUGCUGGUGGCACUUGUACCAUGAUGCAGUGAGUCAGUCUGGGAAUCUGAAAGGUGACAAAUGCUUUGAUGACGCAUUUAACAAGUGUUUGUCGGGAUGUACAAACGAAUCAGAAUUUGAAAGUUGCUGGAACUCAAUGGUGUCGAAGAAUGUCUUGAACGAUCAUUCUUGGUUUAAACGUCUGCAUGAUUUAAGGGAGAAAUGGAGCACCGCAUUCGGCAGUGACUUUUUCUCCUCUGGAAAUCUACCCCACUGUGCUAUUGGAUACAUUGCGAAAAAAAUCACAAGCUUGCAUGAAUUUCACACCAUUUUUAAAGAAACCGUGAAGCGGUUGAGGAGCAACGAGGCAAAAGACGAACACCGGUGCUCGACAGCAACACAUACCUCAGCAGUACAGUUAACUGGCAUAUUGAAGCACGCCUCAGAGGUAUACACGCUCCCUGUUUUCGAAGAUUUCAAAGAGGAAUUUUUAAAAUCCUUAUCGACUUCGUGUAAAAUGCUGCGUGAUGAUAACGGCACUGUCAUUUACAAUGUCGUGCGAGAUGAUGGUGUGAUUUGUGGUGAAGUGACCUUCACUGUUGCGGAAAAUAAGAUAAGCUGCUCGUGUAAGAGAUUCGAGGAUUGUGGGUUGUUGUGUCGACACUGCUUGAAGGUGUUUCAUAUGCAUUCGAUGACUCGAAUACCUGAUAUUUAUAUCAAGAGAAGAUGGACGAAAUUUGCCAGAAAGGAUUUGUGGGAUAAUCUCAGCAUAGGAAUUGGAAAGCCGGACGAGAAGGUUAACGGUUGCAACCUAUGGAGGCAUGAUAUCAUGAGAAAGUAUUAUAAUCUCUUGCUGAAAGCCCAAGACAAUAACGAAGUACGAAAAACUAUGGAAGAUGGACUUGACAGACUUUCUGGGGAAAUUGAUGCACUCAUGAAUGCACGACAUUCGACCAAAGAGAACGAUGCUUUCAGUUCUUCUGUUGAUGUUGUAGAUACCAUGUGUCCUAACGGCAAGAAGAGGAAAAAUGGGGAUUAAUCAAACACACAUCUGUUUGGUUUGGGGAACUUGUAAUCCUUUGUUGUUUUAGUGAUCGUUUUGUAUAUUCGUUUAUCGGUUGUGAAAGUACCCCUGGCUUUUGUAAAAAUGGGUUGUAUUGCUGGUUUGGAAAAAUGGAGGGGCAACCUUGAAUUCCUCAUUCUGUUCAAUGAAUUUAGGAGUAACGUUAGUAACUCAUUAUUAUUGAAGAUGUAUUUACAUGUCUUGUAUAACUUUUGAAUGAUAAUGGGCGGUUAUAUGUUUGUUGCAAGCAAAUGUUGAUUUCUUUC